AUGGCGGAGCAGCUGUCCUCGCCACGCGUCACCUCGGCGUACCUCGACAGCUUCCAGGGCCGGGUCGUCACCAUUGUCGGCAAGGUCACGCAGCUUCGCGGCGACGAGGCGACGAUUGAUUCCGACGGCGUCGUCACCGUGGCUCUCAACCGGGACGCCCAUCUGACCAACGGCAAUGCCGUCCAGAUUAUCGGCAAAGUGACGCCCAAUCUCACCGUCAAAGUCCUCAGCUCCCGCGACCUGGGGCCAAGCGUCGAUUACUCCCUUUGCAACGCGGUUGUGGAGGCCACGCACAGGUACAAGGAAAUCUUCAUCUCGGAAAGCUAG